CAGAUGUAUUUAUUAAAGGUGGAAUAGCACGUGUUCGUGUUUAUUUAUACGUGUAAUCUAUUGGUUGUAAUGCUGGUCACCUUGUCAGGUGACAUUUAAAUAUUCAUAGCACGGGUUUUAACUGACCGCUGUUAGCGCGGAAAGACUUAUAGCCAUUCGAAGGCUCUUUUAAGUGCAGAUAACGUCUUUUUUACUCUCUCUAUGACACGUAAUAUGGGCGAUUCGGGUGACGAGCUGACUUUAGAUACUGAUAGAUUGACAAAAGAAAACACAGGAGGGAAUUCUACACUGGAAGUCUCAGAUAUUGUCAAAUUAUUUACGGGAGUUAUACAGUCCCAAUUUAAAACUUUUUCGGGACAAUUAAAAGCCGAGCAGUCAGAGUCGAUUUCAAAGAAGCUAAAAAAAAAAAAUUCUCUGCACAAGAUUAAGUCCGAAGGUAACCGAAUUCAAUUUGAGUUUAAUGCUGAGUUACUAGAGGGCUUAGAGAAAUUAGAGUCGAGAGCCUUUGAUUUGAAAGAUUCGGAGUCAUUGAGCAUUAUUUCCGACCUAAGUAAAAAACUGAAAACUCGUCAGAAGCAUAUACGCAUAGCAGACUCGUCUCCUGCAGGGUGGAAAACCGUCAACGAAUAUCAGUGUAACGAAAUCGCAGACAACUCUGAUGAUGAAAAGAAGAUCCGCAGUGCAGAAAACAGGGCCCUCAGACACCAAAAGCAGAACAAGAGAUUUCAGCCUUAUGGGACGCAAAAAACACCAGCAGCAGCGGGAUCUCCAGCUCAAUUGGCUUUUCCUGGGGCUUCUAAUACUUUUCAACCCUUUCCUGCGUUUCAACAGCAGCAACAACAGCCAUUUCUCUACGGCCAGGGCAGAAACAAGCAGUCAAGAAGACAGCCUAUGCCGUACGACGUUUGUUUCAACUGUUUCGCAACAGGGCACUGGAAGUCCAACUGCCCAAAGAGAAAGGCCACUCAAAGUCAAUGAUAAGUAUACAGGUUGUUUGACUUGUGUUGUUGAAAAGAGUAAAACGGAAUGCGGUAUAAAACAUAGUCUAAAAAGGCAUUACAGUAAAUGGGAGGAAAUAGGGGCUUUUCAAUAUAUUUUGAAAAUAGUACAUUCUGGUUAUGAAAUUCCUUUUGUCUCCAUACCACCGUCUAUGAAUUUUAGAAAUAAUAAAUCUGCACAAAUUAACGCUGAUUUUGUCACAUCAGAAAUAUCUCAGUUAAUUAAGGCGGGUUGUGUCGUAGAAGUUACAAACAAACCAUAUAUUGUAAGUCCUCUCAGCGUAGCAGAAAACAGGUCGAAAAAGAGAUUGAUACUAGAUUUGAGUAGACUGAAUAAUUAUGUGAGAUAUGAAAAAAUAAAGUUCGAAGAUUGGAAAACAGCCAUCGAUUAUUUUGAAAAAGAUUGUUAUUGCUUAAAAUUUGAUCUUAAAUCCGGUUACCAUCAUAUAGAUAUAUCUGAUAGUUUCCAAACAUAUCUCGGGUUCUCAUGGAAUGACAAGUUUUAUUGUUAUACCGUGCUUCCGUUUGGUUUGUCAUCCGCUCCAUUUAUUUUUACGAAAUGUCUAAGACCUAUUGUUAAAUUCUGGAGAAAAAGGGGAAUUAAAAUAGUUCUUUACCUAGAUGACGGUUUCGUAUUCGCAUCAUCUAAACAUGAAUGUUUGUCAGUUUCUGAAUUCAUCAAAAGUAGUUUAUCAGAAUUUGGGCUACUUAUCAAUAUUGAAAAAUCAGUAUUUUAUCCAACUCAGAAUUUAGAAUGGUUAGGAAUUUUGUGGGAUUCAAAGUCUUUUUCUAUUUUAGUGCCCAAAAGACGUCUUGACGACACAGUUGCUUCUUUACAGCAAUUGAUGAAGUGUUUUCCUAAAGUGACGGCGAGACAAUUGGCGAGAGUUGUGGGAAAAAUAAUGUCAAUGUCACCAGUUAUGGAUAUAUUUAAAACGGGAAGGUGGUCCGAUAGUGUAAGGAUUGAAGAUCAGCGAUUACAACAGCUACGGGACCUUUUACCAACUUUCUGUCUUAAAUCAAGAGCAGGCAAUACAUCGAGUCAAUACAGAUUACAAAUCAUCAAACAAAAUUCAACUAGCUACACAUUCUAUAAGUUGGGCCCAUCAGUUAGCAGGACUAAAAGAUCCAUGUGAAUCUGCGUUAGUGAAGUUAACAAAGGAGGGUGCGAUAAGAGAGACUUCCAAGCCUGUUGUGAAGAAAGAACCAAUUACACCAGAUCAUUUGAAAUUAUUGGCUAGGAGAUACAAAUCGAACAAUUUGUAUAAAAUGCGCACUUUAUGUACGUGUUUGUUAGGUUUUGCAGGGUUCCUAAGAUUUUCUGAGCUGGCAAAUAUUAAACUUAGUGAUUUGUCAUUUGAUAAUGUUUGCAUGAGAAUAAACAUUGUCAAAAGUAAGACGGAUGUUUAUAAAGAAGGGCAUGAGUUGUGUAUUGCUAGAACUCAUGGUGAUACUUGUCCUGUUCAUACUUUAGAAGAAUACAUUAAAUUGUUGGAUGUUGAAGUUAGUUCCUCAGAAUAUUUAUUCAGAUCUUUGACAUUUUGUAAAAAUACUAAUACAUAUAAGAUUAGGAGAGAUAAUCGCCCUCUGUCUUAUACGAGGGCACGAGAAAUCGUUUUGGAUCCUUUUGGAGAAAUAGGGUUAGAUAAGAGCAAGUUUGGUCUUCAUAGCCUACGGUCGGGCGGGGUAACAUCAGCUGCAGCAGCUGGUAUUAGUGACAGAUUGUUUAAAAAGCAUGGGCGGUGGCGGUCAGAGAAAGCUAAGGAUGGCUAUGUGAGAGAAAACAUUAAUGAUAAACUAUCAGUUACCAAAAAUUUAGGUAUUUAAAGUUUCAUAUUCAAAUUAUUUUCUAUAUCGCUCUUCUUUGUCUUUCGAAAUAAUUAAACUGCACUAUCAGAGCGCUUCACAUCCUAUUAUACGUGUUUGUGUUUAUUUUAUAAAUUAUUUAUGUUCGUUUGAGUGGAAUGAAUAAGAACAUAAAUGUAUUUAUUAAAGGUGGAAUAACACGUGUUCGUGUUUAUUUAUACGUGUAAUCUAUUGGUUGUAAUGCUGGUCACCUUGUCAGGUGACAUUUAAAUAUUCAUAGCACGGGUUUUAACUGACCGCUGUUAGCGCGGAAAGACUUAUAGCCAUUCGAAGGCUCUUUUAAGUGCAGAUAACUGAAUACCCACCCACCCGCCCUUGCUUUACAUGUUUUUUUAGAUUGUUACUUAAAGUUUGUUUUGUUUUGUAGAUAGGAAGAUAAAGAAGAUAUGAAUAUUGUAUAUAGUUGAAAUAAUUAAACUGCACUAUCAGAGCGCUUCACAUCCUAU